CUCCUGUUUUGCAAAAAAAAAAAAAAAAUUCCUUGCUCAAUCUUCUGAAAUUCGCCAUGGACGAGAAAUCUACCAUAGACAAGAAAUCCCCUUCCGUCUCCUCUCCCAUAUCAGCUCAACAGAAUGCGAAUGGCCGCCCUGACCGCCCUGACAUUCCUGCGCCUGGUUCCGGAGCUUAUCAUGAUAAAGAUCGGGUUCUUCAACCAUCCAUACUUGUAUAUGAUUGGUCUUCUUACAUCUCUCUUUUUGUAUGAGUUUGUCUGUCGCCAAUUCUGUGAUGUGGACACAGAUACAUGUCGUUCUCGCCGCAAGGACAUUAUGUCUUGGAUCUCGGGUUUUUUCACGCUUUUGAUGAUUCGAGCAAAGUGCCUAGAAAUUCUUACAACCGAGGCAAUAACAUCUUGGAAAAAGCGGCAAGAAAAGAGAAUAAGGCAAACGGAAGAAGCAUUGAUCCCUGCUAGUUGAAACAGAGAGAAGAGAAGAAACGGAGGAAGAGAUCUGGCGAACAACACGGUCCUGGGGAGACAGUCUCAUUCUGUCCUUUCGUGCAAUGAUUCAGGGCAUAUUGUAGGCGAGGUGGAGGCGAUGACAGACUCUUGAUAGCUUCUGUAGCUAUUGUCUCAGUAUUAAUUGAACUCAGUCUUAUGUAGGCAUAUAUCCGGUUAUACUCAAACAGAACGCCUGCUCUUCUCGCAGCUAUACGGAACGUUUUAGAUGUUUUUCUUCAUGCGACGAUCUAUAAAUAUGGCCAUGUCGCCCACCUGUAUCCUAAUUCUCUA